AUGGCUGCGACGUCACAAACAACACCAUUAACCUUGCCAGCGUCGUUCCCAACUUUACCCUCUUCGUUACCAAUGUUGACUCAAUUUAAGAACGAGCGGCUGGGAAACCUUCGUCCAGUAGGCGAGUUCUUUGAUAGAAAUAGGAUUUCAAAGCCAAAUGGAAUGGCAGCAAUCACUCAACGUCUUUCCUAUAACUUGACGUAUUUCCAAUCAAAUUACAUCCUCAUUGUUCUCGGAUUAUUGCUUUACUGUCUGAUAACCAAUUUCUGGUUAUUAUUCACCAUCUUAUUUUUGAUUUUUGGACUUAACUUCAUUCGGAAACUACCGCCGGAUCAACCGUAUGUCUUUCAACAAUACGUUAUCACCCAAAAACAACUCUAUACGUGGUUGUUUGGGAUUUCGAUCCCACUUCUGUGGAUUUCGUCUGCUGGAUCGGCAAUAUUUUGGAUUAUUG